AUGGUCAAGAUCUAUUCGAUAUCAGUCCUCGUCGCUCCUCCUUCGCAGCCCUCUACUGUACUAGCUACUGCGUCUGAUUUAUCACAAUUCUCAUUCUACCAGAAGGGAUCUGUAGCCGAGUUUCUGGCAUUCUUUGGGAGGACGGUAGUGGACAGGACCCCGCAAGGGCAAAGGCAGAGUGUUCAGGAAAAUAACUAUACAGCACAUGUAUAUAAUCGGGGUGGAGCAGAGCAGUUAGCUGCCGUCAUAAUAACAGACCAAGAGUAUCCCGUCCGGCCUGCUUUCUCCCUCCUUACCAAGAUUCUCGAUGAAUUCAUUGCAAAAUUCCCGCAAUCGUCUUUCGACAACUCCUCGUCUAUCAGUUUUCCCGAAAUACAAAUAUACGUGUCCAAGUAUCAGGAUCCAGCACAGGCGGAUAAGAUCAUGCAAGUGCAGCAGGAGUUGGAUGAAACCAAGAUUAUUUUGCACAAGACAAUUGAAUCUGUUCUCGAACGAGGCGAAAAGCUCGAAACGCUCGUCGAUCGGUCGCAGGCGCUCUCUGCGCAAAGCAAGAUGUUUUACAAGACCGCCAAGAAGCAAAACGAUUGUUGCGUCGUCAUGUAA